UUUACUCGAUAUAUUAACAACUCCGAUACUUGUCUUGCCCAACACUUUGUUGGUGAUAGAUUUGGGUUUUCGCAUCGCAUCGCAUCGCAUCGCAUCAAUGGCAAAUGAAGGUGAAGAAGUUCAGCAGCCCCAACUUGUCCUCGCCGACAAGCUUUUCCUUCUCAAACAAAAAGAUGUUCAAGACAUCGACAAAGUUCGAUUCAAAGAAGACGUUUUCAAUUUCGUCAAGGAACAUGAUAUGGUCCCUUUAUACGAAACCCUAGUUGCAGAUUCCGUUUUGGAUAUGGAUCGUGCCCUUUUGGAUUCCAUGCGUGCUAAAAUUGAUGAUGAGCUCAAGAAACUUGAUGAAAAGAUUGCUGAUGCCGAGGAAAACUUAGGUGAGAGUGAAGUUCGUGAGGCUCACUUGGCAAAAUCCUUGUUUUUCAUCCGGAUUGGGGACAAGGAGAAAGCCUUGGAACAUCUCAAGAUAACAGAAACCAAGACUGUUGCAGUUGGGCAGAAGAUGGACCUGGUAUUUUAUACAUUGCAGCUUGGUUUCUUUGGCAUGGAUUUUGAUCUCAUUUCCAAAAGUAUUGACAAAGCUAAAAGCUUGUUUGAAGAAGGUGGUGACUGGGAAAGGAAGAAUAGGCUGAAAGUGUAUGAAGGCCUCUACUGCAUGUCCACUCGAAAUUUCGAGAAGGCUGCCACAUUGUUCUUGGAUUCUAUUUCUACCUUUACUACCUAUGAACUUUUUCCCUAUGACACCUUUAUAUUUUACACCGUUUUGACCAGCAUCAUAACAUUGGAUAGAGUUUCGUUAAAGCAAAAGGUAGUGGAUGCCCCUGAGAUCUUGACAGUGAUUGAAAAAAUUCCACAUCUUAAAGAGUUUUUGGACUCCUUAUAUGGUUGUCAAUACAAGUCUUUCUUCUCAGCAUUUGCUGGCCUGACGGAGCAAAUUAAGUUGGACCGCUAUUUGCAUCCACACUUCCGGUAUUACAUGAGAGAGAUCAGAACUGUUAUUUAUUCCCAGUUUUUGGAAUCUUACAAGAGUGUGACAAUUGAAGCCAUGGCAAAAGCGUUUGGAGUAUCUGUGGAUUUUAUUGAUGUGGAGCUAUCACGUUUUAUCGCAGCUGGGAAACUUCACUGUAAGAUUGAUAAAGUUGCAGGUGUUCUUGAAACUAACCGCCCUGAUGCUAAGAAUGCUCUUUACCAAGCAACCAUUAAGCAAGGAGACUUCUUGUUGAACAGGAUCCAGAAACUGUCUCGUGUGAUCGAUCUGUAGGCCAUUUUAUGUUUAAAAAGUGUAUUGAAUUGAAAGGCAGAGAUACCGACAGUAUCAAGGACAUCUGUUGGAUGCAUUUUACUAUGUGGGGGAAUGAGGCAUGACAUUUCAGUAGUCCAUUUGAUUUCCAAAUUAAUGAACAUCCAAGCUGGUCGAAUCAUCUCAAUCAAUUUCAAAUUAUUUUUUUGAACGGUUUAAUUAUUUUUGUGAUGAAUUUUAGUGUUUGAGCGCAUACUUAUUAGAUAAUGAUUGAGUUUGUCAUUUUUGUUUUA